AUGUCAUCUACUAAUACCACAACCGAUACUAGUAGCGGAACAUCACAAGCGAGUUCUCCAAUUGUGAUCAUAAUAAUUGUCGUGGCUAUAGUUGCGCUUGCUAUUGGAGUUAUCGCAAUUUUGUAUUUCCGUUUUCAACGAAAUAAAAAAAGAAAAGAUAAGAAGCUAAAACCUUUCAUGCUUUCUCCCUCACGCGUAGAACCUACUCCCCAUCCUCAUAAAAAUACAACACGUGGGGUAGAUAUUUCACAUAUACAAAAGCAUGAUGCUCCAUCUGUUAUGUUUGAUGUAACAGAAAGCGAAAGGCGUGGAAGUCGAGAAAAAGAAGUUAUAACUGAAGAGGAGUCACUUGGAUCUCCCACUUUAGUUAGAGAAGGACCAG